AUGCAGGGUCCAGGCCAGGAUGCAGAGCUGUAGUUUAACAGGGCUGGAGGCGAGGCUUAGUCAGUUAGAGGUGCCUAGCAAAAUAGAAGUGGUUGCAGUUCCCCGCCCUCCAAAAGUUCACCAGGUGCAGCGUUAUAGAGGCGUUAACCAAGAUAACCUUGUAAAAAUUAAAACCAAUGCACAUUUGGUACCAAUUACAGACCGAAAAAUUAGAUGCGGACUACUAAAUAUACGAUCAUUAAGCUCUAAGUCUCUGUUAGUAAAUGAUAUAAUUACAGAGAGCAGGAGUGAUAUUUUCUGCUUAACAGAAACAUGGUUACAGGAGGAAGAGUAUGUUAGUUUGAAUGAAUCAACUCCGCCCGGCUACUUUAAUCAUCACAUUCCUAGAAGCACGGGCCGAGGCGGAGGAGUCGCAGCAAUUUAUAACUCCGGUCUCCAAACAAAAAUUGAACCCAAGUGCAACUAUAAUACAUUUGAAAGCCUCAUGCUUGGUCUGAAAUUUCCGAGCCGGAAAUCAGAGAAGCCAGUUGUGUUAGUGGUAGUGUACCGGCCCCCUGCUGGUGCGUAUCUGGAGUUUUUGUCUGAAUUUUCAGAUUUCCUUUCUGGAUUAUUGAUCAGCACAGAUAAAUUCAUCAUAGUGGGUGAUUUUAACAUUCAUAUGGAUGUUGAAAGCGAUAAUCUUAAAUUAGCCUUCGAUUCUCUUCUAGAAUCAAUGGGUAUCUCACAAAAAGUGGAUAAACCGACGCACUGUUUUAAUCAUACUCUCGAUCUCGUUCUCACCUACGGUGUUGAAACUGAUGGUCUGUUGGUGUCACCUGUAAACUCCCUUUUAUCCGACCAUUACUUAAUAACGUUUGAAUUUAAUUUUGUUGAUGUUGAAGUGCAAAAUAGGAGGUAUUAUUUUAGCAGAUGUUUGUCUGAUGAAGUUAUUGUUAAAUUUAGGGAGGCCAUUGCUUAUCUUACGACAGUGCGAAAUAGUGAUGUAGUCGAGGCCAGUGACCUGGGUUCUACCUCUGCAGAUGUUGAUUUCCUUGCUAGUAACACUGCUGAUUUGUUGCAUUCAGCUUUAGAUGAAGUUGCUCCUUUGAAAAGGAGGGUUUCUAGCCACAGGAGCUUAACUCCCUGGUACAAUUCAGAUAUCCGCAUGUUGAAACAAAACGUGCGUAAAAUGGAAAGGAAGUGGUACUCUUGUAGGUCUGUAGACUCUCAUCGUGAAUGGAAAGAUAUUCUAAUAGUAUAUAAAAAAGCCAUUCGCAAAGCCAGAACAGCUUAUUAUUCAACGCUGAUAGAGGAUAACAAAAGUAACCCACGUUUUCUGUUCAGCACUGUAGCCAGGCUGACAAAGAGUCACAACUCUGUUGAGCCGUGCAUUCCUGCAGCUCUCAGUAGUGAGGACUUUAUGGGCUUCUUCAACAGUAAAAUCGCGAGAAUUAGAGAAGAAAUCAACCAGCCGGUUGUAGGUGUUUCUUCAGCUUUAGCGACUUCCCUAGGCUCUGACUUGUCUCUAGACUGUUUUGAUCCUAUAGACCUCCCUGAGCUGACUUCACUCGUUAAUAGAGCUAAGUCAACCACAUGUAUGUUAGACCCCAUCCCGACUCGUCUAUUCAAACAUGUUUUUUCUCUUAUUGGUACGACAAUACUGGACCAAAUUAACCUAUCCCUAAGUUUAGGAUAUGUACCACAGGUUUUCAAAGUCGCAGUAAUUAAACCUUUACUUAAAAAACCUUCUCUUGACCCAGACACCUUAGCUAAUUAUAGACCAAUUUCCAACCUUCCAUUUGUGUCUAAAAUUCUGGAAAAGGCAGUUUCAAGCCAGUUAUGUGACUAUUUGUAUAGAAAUGAUCUGUUUGAAGUCUUUCAGUCAGGGUUCAGAAUGCAUCAUAGCACAGAGACAGCACUUGUUCGAGUCACGAAUGACCUCCUUAUGGCCUCAGAUAAGGGAUUAGUGUCCAUACUGGUUCUACUGGACCUCAGUGCUGCUUUUGACACUAUAGAUCAUGGCAUUUUACUGCACAGGUUAGAGCAUGUUGUUGGGAUUAAAGGGACAGCUCUAUGUUGGUUUAAAUCAUAUCUAUCUGACAGGUUCCAGUUUGUUCAUGUACAUGAGGUUUCUUCAGAACAGUCAAGGCGUGCUCCAGCAGUGGGUGCAGCGCUUUACGAGCGGCUGCAGGCUGAGAAGUGA